UUCCUUCCUCUGAAAGGCCGUACCAAUGUCACUUAACGGAGCGCAGCUGGAUGCGGAAAACAAGCCUAUACUUGUGUCCGGAGAGAAGAUCUUUUUGAACCAAGAUGGCGUCCGGCUCGAGUAUGAGAGUGGAAAUGGAUAUCCUGGCCAGGGGAACAACUUUUAUUCUCAAAAGGGAACCCUGUUUUUAACAAAUAGAAGAGUUAUCUAUGUUGCGCGCCCCCAUAUGGAUUUCUUUCGCAACCUGAACGUCCCAUUACCGAACUUGCGGAAUGGGAAAUUGAUACAGCCUUGGUUUGAUGCGAAUCGCUACGAGGCAACGGUUGAACCGGUGCCCAACGGGGGCUUGAACUUGGUGGGACAGGUUAAGUUUACGUUUAAAGAGGGCGGCGGAUUUGAAUUUUCAAGCAUGUCGAUGCAACUACGUUCAAGACUUACUGGUGAGACCCUGCCUCACGAAGAAGCCUUACCCCUAUACACACAGGAAGAUACUUCGUCAUCAAGUGGAGCGGGCGCAGCAUCUUCAUCAUCCUCUGCUCCUGCACCAGUCGCCCUUCCAAUCCCACUCCCCCCUUCGUUUUCCGAGCCAGGCGCGGCACCACCAGCAAAUGCAAAUACCCCGCUGGAAGCCCCUCCGCAAUAUGAAUGAUAUGUUGAAUGUGAUCUAGUCGGGCUCUUGGAGUGUGAUUAAUAACUUGAAAUGCUUAUUGUAUGUUGUACUAUCAUUUACUGCCUUUAAUAAAAAAAGAAAGGGAGCUGGGCGCUAGAAUCGCCUCAUUAUGGCUGCAUGA